AUGUUUAUUCGCUUAAUUCGUUCUUAUUCAAUUUAUCAAAGUGCUAAGGAUACUUUAUACAAGGCUAAUUUAAAAUUAGGUAAAAUUGCAGCUAAAGAUAUCGAAAUUGCUGAAAAAACUGUUCCCAAAAUUCAAGAUGCUGCAAAUUAUUUAAACAAAAAAACUGGUGAGAAAUUAGCUCAAGGUAUAGAUUUAGCUCAACAUUAUAAAGCUAAAAAUGAUGCAAUUCAUAAAGUUGAAAGAAAUAUUAAAGGUUAUAAAAAUUUACAAGAAAAAGGAAAAUCAAUUGAAAGUGAACAAUGUAGACCAGAUGAUGGUUUCUGA